CGAGAAGCCAAGGCUCGGCAAGUUCCCCCCGAGCGGGUCGAGGCUGCAGGCAGGUUGGAGGCGGCCCGGGACAUCGGAGGCCGGACCCCGGGGCUCACCGAUCUGCUCUCCCUGCCGCUGCUACAGGCCCGGGCGCGCGCUCCAAGGCUGCGCACUGGGGGCCACCACCAUGUCCACAGCUGGGGUCAAUGCAUCUGCCUCCUUUACCACCGACCGGCUGAACAGCCCAGUGACCAUCCCGGCGGUGAUGUUCAUCUUCGGGGUGGUGGGCAACCUGGUGGCCAUCGUGGUGCUCUGCAAGUCUCGUAAGGAGCAGAAGGAGACGACCUUCUACACGCUGGUGUGCGGGCUGGCUGUCACCGACCUACUGGGCACCUUGUUGGUGAGCCCGGUGACAAUCGCCACCUACAUGAAGGGCGAGUGGCCUGGGGGCCAGGCGCUCUGCGACUACAGCACCUUCAUCCUGCUCUUCUUCGGCCUGUCUGGCCUCAGCAUCAUCUGCGCCAUGAGCAUAGAGCGCUACCUGGCCAUCAACCACGCCUACUUCUACAGCCACUACGUGGACAAGCGACUGGCCGGCCUCACCCUCUUCGCCGUCUACGCAUCUAACGUGCUCUUCUGCGCGCUGCCCAACAUGGGCCUUGGCCGCUCGCGGCAGCAGUACCCGGACACCUGGUGCUUCAUCGACUGGACCACCAACGUGACAGCGUACGCCGCCUUCUCCUACAUGUACGCGGGUUUCAGCUCCUUCCUCAUCCUCGCCACCGUGCUCUGCAACGUGCUGGUGUGCGGCGCGCUGCUCCGCAUGCACCGCCAGUUCAUGCGCCGCACUUCGCUGGGCACGGAGCAGCACCACGCGGUCGCCGCGGCCGCCCUGGCCUCUGCCUGUCGAGGCCACGCCAGUGCCUCCCCGGCCCUGCAGCGGUUCAGCGACUUUCGCCGCCGCCGGAGCUUCCGCCGCAUCGCAGGCGCAGAGAUCCAGAUGGUCAUCUUGCUCAUCGCCACCUCCCUGGUGGUGCUCAUCUGCUCCAUCCCGCUCGUGGUGCGAGUGUUCAUCAACCAGUUAUAUCAGCCAAGUGUGGUGCGAGAAAUCAGCAGAAACCCAGACUUGCAGGCCAUCCGAAUUGCUUCUGUGAACCCCAUCCUGGACCCCUGGAUAUAUAUACUUCUGAGAAAAACAGUGCUCAGUAAAGCCAUGGAGAAGAUCAAAUGCCUCUUCUGCCGCAUUGGUGGGUCCCGCAGAGACCGCGCAGGACAACACUGCUCUGAGAGUCGGAGGACCUCUUCAGCCAUGUCCAACCACUCUCGAUCUUUCUUCUCGCCAGAGCUAAAGGAAAUCAGCAGCACAUCUCAGACCCUCCUUUACCUGCCAGAACUAAGUGAGAACAGUCUUGGAGGCAGGAAUUUGCUUCCAGGUGUGCCUAGCAUGGGCCAGACCCAGGAAGAAACCACUUCACUGAGAACUUUGCGAAUAUCAGAGACUUCAGACUCCUCACAGGGCCACGACUCCGAGACUGUCUUAUUGGUAGAUGAGGUCAGUGGGAGGAACAGGGAUGGCCCUGCCCCUAAGGGGAGCUCCCUGCAAGUCACAUUCCCCAGUGAAACACGGAACUUAUCUGAAAAGUGUAUAUAGUAGUCAAGGAAGGAAAUACUGCACUGUUUCUGGAACCUUAAAAAAUCCUGUGCAGUAGACACAUAAGUGAAGCAUUUAGCUGUGCUCCGAAGUGUACCUUCAUCUUGUGGCUCACGUUAGGCAACACAGGCGUUCCUGAGCAUUUUUCAAACACUCAAGUCAUUUCACGUGCGUCUCGAGGCCUGAAGCACAUCCGUUAACACCCCGCUAUAACACAGGAUUGCAGUCACAAGUUGACGGGUGGGGAGAGCUACCUUUGGUUUCUCUCCUGGAUAGGAAAAUGACAGGAGCAUGCUAUUUUCAUGACAUCAAAAGCUGUAUAUCUGGCACACCGAAGAGGCUCGGAUACUGGAAGGGCUCUAUCCAAUAUACUCUGAGGACUUCGUUAUGGCUGAUCUAAGUGUCUCACUAAAGCAUGAAAUGUGAAUUUUUAUUGUUGUAAAUAUUUAAGGUAUUUAAAGUAUUUUCUUCUCUAUGAGAAGGUUUAUUGUUAAUACAAGGUGUAAUACAGUAAUGGUGAUUCCUUCCUCCCAGGGUAACCAGCUGAAGUUCAGAUGUUAGAUUUAUUUUUCAUAUACAAGUUCAGGCAGAGGUGGUGAAGCUAAUAUCUACAAAAACUAAUUAGUGAAACUAAUAUCUAUAAAACAAAUAAUUUUUAAAAGUUUAAUAUCAUCAAAAUAAGGAAAAAUGCCAUUUAAGAUGUGAAAUUUAUCUUCCAAAAUUCUACAGUUCUUUCCAAGCUAUGUAUAAUCAUAAAAAUAAUCUAGUGACAUCAUUUUUAUCCAGAAAAGUGUGAUUUCAAAAGAACAUAACAUGUUGGUAAAUAUUUUCAAAUACUGCCCCCACUAAUUGCUACUUUUCAAAAUAUAAUUUUUAAAGUCUUCACUCAUAAUUGAAGUGCAUAAUAUAAAAAUAAAUCAAAGCAGCUUGUUUUUCCCCAUGAAAGUGUGCAUACUUCUGUUUGCCUAAGGAGUAACCUAGAAUAUCUUUUAAAUUUAAUAGAAAGAAAAAUUGUACCAUAAAGACAUUUAUUUUGAGAUACAGAAGGAUCUCAGAUAUGGUUAAAUUUGCCUUUAAUGUGUGUCAGGUUUAACACUGUAAAUGUGCAGAACUUCGGCAUGUAAGAGUCACCUUCUAACAGCUUUGUGAUCCCCAGUGACCCUGUUCACAUAUUUGAAGGUCCUUUCUCAAAGAAAUAUCAAGCAUGUUUUGUUGCUUAAAGUGUUUUGUGAACUGCUUGGUUGUGAUUAAAUUCUGAGCCUAAUAUUGAUAUGGUUUUAAGAAGUUAUGCCAACUGAAAUUAUUUUGGAGAUUAUAAUAAAUAAAUGCAUUCAAGCUGAGAUCCAUAUCCUCAA